AUGAGCCAGUAGACUCGUAGACGACCGUAUAAGAAGUCAAGAGGAACCCAAGAGAAGACGUUCGGGUGCGGAUGCCAUCGUUGCUUUACUGGUCAGUCGUGGAACUGCUCUGGAGUCCAGAUCUGUCGAAGUUCUAAUCUUCCUUAUCAACUGAACUAAGUCUUGAUCCUGCAAGAAUCCAAAGGCCGAAGGCUCGUUGCUUCAAUCAAUGCAAAGGGUUUCUCCCAUUCUCUUUGGGGGUCAGAUCAGAAUUGUGGCACCUAAUGCCCCAUCAGAUCAGUUAUAGUUUUCUUUCUAUGCAUUGAAGUUGAUGAAGAACGACUGAUCUGCGAUUCGAGAGUUUUAACACAUUUCGGUGUAAAGAGACGGGUAGUGCGUAUAUCCAGAUUUGAUCUCCAGAGCUGCUGCUUUUGAGUACUAUGGAUUUGCAUUUGAACAAUCUCUUUGCCAGAUUCCAGCAGCAAUUUGGGUCCGGUCCUGGGCUUGGCCCUGGCUCAGGAACCUGUCUUUUGAAGGUCGAUGGAAUUGCUCCUGCUUUCAUCAAAUCGCUUUUCAAAGCUUCAGCAGCUCUUUACAGAACCGAUCCAUGGAAGAGAUUGCGACCUCGACACUUGUUUGGCGUCCGUGUUGGCAAAGACUCUGAUUGGACUGGUAAGAAGCAGCCAUUUCCUUGUGCUCAAUUUAUUGGUGGAGAAGGUGGGGAUCUUUGUUUCCAUAUGUUCCGAUCAGAUCACGAUGCACAGAAAAUGACGGGCUCCAGAGAAACAAUUCGGGUUCCCAAUGUUGAGGUCUUAAGGGUUUCUUACGAACUAGAGUCAUUGAUGUUCCCCUCUAAUCGAAGGAUGAUCAAGUCACUGUCAUUAGAAGUUUCAGGGACUGAUAGGUUUCCUGUCAUAGAUGUUACCCGUUGCACUUCCACGGGUGACCUCCAGUUCAGAAACCCAACACUCGAGGAGCUUAGGUUUGUCUUCGCAUUCAUGAAAGCUGUGGCUCUUGUUCACCCAUUGCUCCAGCAAGACAAAGAAGCUGCUCCCAAAUGGUCAAGGUUGAUGGUCUUUGAGCCAUUUAUUGAAACAGUUGAUGUGCAGUGGCCUCUGGAAAUGGCCAAGGGUUGGGACCUCGUUGCAGUUACAAUUGCACAUCCACCUGGUCAGGCCUAUGAGGAAAAGGCUACCUCACCUGCUAGCUCAACCCCAACCAAGUAUGCGGAACCACCCAAGGAGGAGUUUGUAGAUGUGAAGAUGAAUUCGGCUGCUGGGUUGAGGGAAUGCGCCAUGUGUGAGAAGGAAGUCAAUGGAGACCAGUCCUGUUGCAGUCGGUGCCGUGCGGUUGUUUACUGCGGUCCGGUUUGCCAGAAGCAGCAUUGGAAAGAGACGCACAAGGGCCUAUGUGGGCUUUACAAGGCCAUGAUGGAAAGAGAAGAAGAGCUGGCAAUGAAGAUCUUCAUUUUCCCCUGCUCUGUCGAGCAUCCUUGUAAAUGGCUUGAAUUGCUGGAUCUCCAUCAGAAGGGCAUGUGGAGGAGAAAGUGCAAUUGCUAUUCUCACUGCCCUUUUGGUCUUCUUCCUGUUAAAGGUGGACUAUGGGAUUCAUGGGGCAACCUAGAUGAUGAAGAGUAUCCGAAGGAUUCACCUUUUUCUAACCAUCUCAGAGAUGGGAUGUCAAGCCCAAUCCUUCUUUCUGGUUGGUCUGAGUACUACAAUCUCCGGUCAUUGCCAUUGUCAAGCCCUGUGGCAGUCAUACUCUCCCACCCUUUGACAGUGUAUCACAUAUUGACAACCCUCAAUAUGAGUACAAAGAAUCUUUUGCUCAAAGGGAAAGAGGUGAUACUGCACUACCUUGGUCCUGAAGGGGAGUUGGAUUGGAUGCCAGCAUUUGCAGAGAUUGGGCAUCUGCUCAAUGGAUUGGGAAAUAUACAGGUGGUCAUGGUUGGGCCUGAAGUUCCUACAAAUUUGUCGGGGACAGUAUCGGGCAUUAGUAGCAGAGUGAGAGUGAAUCUGGUCCGGGGUGUUUAUCAAGAGGAAGCCACCUACCUCCCUUCCCCUGAUGUUGUAAUUGCACUUAAUUGUGGACUGGAGAGUUACCCAAGCUGGAGUGCAGCACUUGACCUGAUCAAAUCCAAGAAUAUACCUGCUUUCUUCACUGAUCAGUCUGAAAUUUUUUGCACAAAUGCCAAACAGGUCCUUCGAGGUGCCGGACUACAUAUUACACACCCUCUAACACCCAACCCAUUCCGUUCUCCUGCAAGGAACCAAGGGCUUUCUACUAACCUGCCCUCAUACAGCAAUGGUUUUUUGCUGGGUGUGAAUUCUUGAUAUGGGACCAACAUAUUCAGAAUCUUCAUCUAGUUACAGAUUUACUGGUUGCUUAAAUCCAGGGUUUUGAUGAUAGAAAUGAGGCUGAUGGUGAGUUAUUUUGGUUUGGGAGAGAGUUCUUCUCUUCCCCAAUUGAAGCAGCAGGUAUUCAAAUGCUCUACCUCAUCUACAUUGUUAAGGUUUGAAGCAUGUUUUUUGAUGUCUGUACUUUUCAUUGGACUGAUAUCACAGAUGGAUCGUUUUUGUAAGCAUUAAUAUCUGAUCUUGCAAAUUGUAUUUGAUCUCAACAUAAUACCCUCCAUUUGAAUAUUGAUUGUUGAGGAGUUGAAGGCUUA